UCAAAAAAGUCAAAACAGAUUCUACGUCAGUAACAACUGGAUAAAAUAAAAAUCGAUAGUCAAUUACAUCGUCAGUUCUCACGAUUUUUUAAAAUAAUUACGUGUGUAUCGAGCUGACUGUAAUGUCCUGCAAUGGAAAAAGUAGAAGAUAUAAACAUUUCCCACAAUAGCUCGGCUAUCGCGGAAGAACGAGAAAAAUCAAUAGCUUCAUUCCAAGCGGAUCGAAGUUUUGAUGAGAUUUACGAUGAAAACAUCCCGUUCGUUAAUGGUAUUGAAGAAAAUGGAUCCAGCGUUGAGUCGUUACCUCUCGGAAAGAAUAUUGCUUUUGUCCAGCCAAAUAAUCAUCGGAGAUCUGAUGAACCUACAGAACUAAGCUUUGAAAAAUUUCCUGAAAAUCAUGAGGAAAAAUUGAAACGAAUAAAAAUAGAAAAUGCAUUAGAUGAUGCUGCUACCACGCAGAAUGAAUGGAAACAAUUUGCCAAAUCCGAGUACGGUCUCAUAAAUGACGAUCUUCGACGGAAAAUUUGGCCACUACUGGUCGGAGUCGAUCCUAACCUAGUCGAUCCAGCGCCGUCCCUCGAGGAGCUCAAUAACCACCCAGAGUAUAACCAGGUAGUGCUGGAUGUAAAUCGUUCUUUGAAACGGUUUCCGCCGGGUAUUCCUUACGAACAACGCGUUGCUUUGCAAGAUCAACUGACAGUUCUUAUUCUACGAGUAAUCAUCAAAUAUCCGCAUCUCAAAUACUAUCAGGGCUAUCACGAUGUAGCCAUUACAUUUCUGUUAGUAGUGGGAGAAGAAGUAGCAUUUCAUGUGAUGGAAAUUCUUUCGACCAAUCAUUUGGUGGAGUGCAUGCAAGAAACAAUGGAACCUACCCAAAAGAGGCUUAUGUUCAUCUACCCUUUGAUUAGGAGAGAGAGCGCUGCACUUUAUGACUACAUGGAGCGAUCAACGGUUGGAACUCUCUUUGCACUACCCUGGUAUUUAACCUGGUUCGGACACAGUCUAAACUCUUACCGGUCUGUUGUGCGUUUGUAUGAUUACUUUCUUGCAUCGGAUUUUCUUCUGCCUAUAUAUGUAACUUCAGCUAUUGUGUUGUACAGGCAGAAUGAGAUAUUUCGGGAGGAUUGUGACAUGGCAUCAUUGCAUUGUCUACUUUCGCAAUUACCAGAGGAUCUACCCUUUGAAUAUCUCUUGAAAAAUGCAGAAGAGCUAUAUCGAAAAUAUCCACCCAAGCAAAUCGAAAAAGAUGUCGAAAACAUGAUCGCUAACGAAAAGCGACAACGUCUGAAAGAAGAACGCGAGCGUGAACGGCGAAAGGCCUAUGGUGUGGCCAAGCCAGGCCAUUACUCGUUCAUCCAUCGUAUUCUACCCCAUCUCCAGGUGACACGACGAUCGGUGUUCAUGACUACUGCAUUUUCCAUUCUGGUCGGGUUCUGUGCUUAUUACUACCGCGCUCAGCUAUUGCCACUGUCUGCGGUCAGAUGAGGCGAGCUUUUCCGGCGGAUUCCGUCAUCUUUCACUGUACUUACUGGUCCGCUGACUGCAUAUUGGGGCUGGGGAGUAUCUAAGGUACAGUGAAUUUGACCGAAUCAUCGGAUGCCGUUAACUAAUAUCAUGAAUGUGGCCACGGUAAAAUCGGUUGAGCAGUUGGAUUCGAAACGAUUUUAUUUAUAUAACUAAUGUGAUUUUUCCCUUGUGGUGUGGUCAAGAAAUAAGAUUUAAUGUAAUGUCAUUUCUCACUUCAUUUUGCUGUUUGUAAAUAAUUGUAUUAUUAUUAACUUUUAAAGUGGUGUAAAUAUACUCUUGAAGGACUAAUCUGAAACAGCGGAUAGUUGUAAUUGGCAUUCGUUAAAUCUAGAAUACAUAUUUCAAAUCACUGUUAUAUUAGAUUCAAGCAAAUGAAAUUAUAUUAUUUUUGUAUUGUUCAGUUUGAACCCCAUAUAAAUGCAUCAGAAUGUA